GUAUUGUGCCUGCAGCCUGUAAUAAAUUGGUAAUAUCGAGUUGCAACAAGAGUUGCUGCUAAGUAUUAAAAACUUGUGGCAGUGGCGUGAUUUUUAAAAUUAAGAGUAUUUUUCUUUGAAACCGGUAAAUUAUUGUUUUUCUAGUGCCACAAACAUGGCCGGUAGAAGUGCUUUCAAUGAUUUCGACAGCAGAAAUUUCAAUAAGCCGUUACCAACAAAUCCACCAUUUGUGGCUUAUCUUGGAAAUUUACCACAAGGAAUAACGCAAGGAGAUGUUGAAAAUAUAUUUAAUGGAACCCGGUUCCAAAUACGAAAUAUUAGAUUAGUCCACGACAAAGAAACUGACAUGUUCAAAGGAUUCGGUUAUGUUGAGUUUGUUACACUGGAACAUCUACAAGACGCACUGCAGAUGGAAGUGUUUAUUGAAGGACAGAAAAUAAAAAUUGAUGUUGCGUCAGGCAAAAAAAAUGAAAGAUCUGGUUUUGAUAGGUCAAAUCGAGGUGGUCCCGGCGGCGGUAGAGGAGGUGCUCCUGGUAGUUUUAAUAAUAAUCCUGGGAUGCGAAGUCGAUCUGAUGAUUUUACUCAAAACGCAGGAUUCGGAAACAAUUUUCGUAAUCAAAAUGGAGGAGGAAUGGGUGGACGAAGUAAUUUUAUGGAUCAACCAGGGGGUAACCGUGGUGGCAUGAACAGGUUCCCAGAAAGUGGUUCUAGAGAUUUCAAUCGGCCAAAUGCACAACAAUUUCCGGGAAGCCGCGAACGUAGAUCGGAGUUCGAUAGUUUGCCAGCUCCACCACCAGCCGAUCCUGGUAGGCCGAAAUUACAAUUGAAGCCAAGGUCAGUCAAAGAGCCGUUAAAUCAAUUGGCUGAUAGUACGCAGCACACAAGCAUAUUUGGAGGAGCUAAACCUCGCGAAGAGAAGUUGCCACUUCCGGAUGUCGUGAAAAAAGAGUCGCCUCAUUAAAUGUGUUUGUGUCGGAUAAACAUUCUAAUGGACAUUUCUAUUUUGUUUCUGAAAACUUGUGUUUUUUUUUACAUUUUAUUCUUUUUUUUUUUAUUUACAUAUUGCAAACUAAAGUUAUUUAUGUGUACUGUGGCAAUAAGAAUUCCUUCGCUUAUAUAUUUGAAAACACAAUUUCUAUGCUCUUCGUGCGUAAUGUUCACUUAAAGUAUGUAUUUAUAUAUAUAUGUACACAAUGAGUAUAAUUAUUUUUUAUUUAACUGUACUAAUUCUAGUAUAGUUAAUAUAGUUCUAUAUAUUUAUAUAUCUAUAUAUAUAUAUAUAAUAUUUAUUUAAGUGAUAUAUUUAGAUAUAUUUGCAUUAUAAUUAUUUGUAGCUAUUAAGUAGGUUUCAUUUAUAUUAUAUAAUAUGAUAAGAUUUGUAUAAUAUAUUAUAAUAGCGAUUUACUAAAUAAUAAUAACAUAGAAGGUAUUCUUAUUUUAAAAUUGUUUAAAAUUAAAUACAGUUAUUAAUUUCAGUAA